CUACCGAGACCUCUUAUCUCCAGGCUCGGGGCUUUCCGCUCCACACCCGGCCAGACAGCCCUCCCCUGUUCCCACCCAGCCUCCCUGCGGGCCGCCCCACAGUCAGCAGCAGCCUGGCCCUGGCCUUGGCAGCAGCUCCAGCCCAGAAAGGCUGCGCCCACACUUCCAGGCUGUUCUUCAGCCUGCAGGAGCUGAGACAACAAGGUCCAGGGGCCGCCAGAAGGGAGGAAGCAGCAGGGCACUGCCGAGCAGAGGAAAUGCCCAGCUCCCGAACGCUGGGCCUCCUGGGGAGCCCUACCCUCGGGGGCCUGGUCGCCGGCGCUGCUGUGGCUUUUCUGCUGCUUGUGCUCCUGCUGGGCUCCUGCCUGUACCGCGGACAGCAGGACCCUGACGUGCAGCGGGGCCGUCCUGCCGCCAGGAGACGCCGUGCCUCCAGCACCACCAGCGCCUGCACCAGGCCCACCGAGGCCACCACUGACGCCACCUGCCCUACCAGCUCCAGGACCAGCGCACCGGAUGCUCCUGUGUGGAAGGGCGCCCCUCUCUGGGGACACAGGAAGUGAUGGAGCAGCGCACGCUCAUGCACAGCAGAUGUUCUGGCUCUCUCGGAAGUGCUUUUCCUCUGACUUCUUCAGGCCUCUGGCCAGUGGGGUAGCCACUUGGAGAAGGCAGGAUGAGGCUGCAUGGUCUGUUCACUGGUGCCUUAGCACAACAAAAUAAAACCACUAAGAAACUUU